CUGAGCUCGAAUUGUUUCUUGUUGAAUUUUCCGACCUGAUAGUAACUCGGCAGCUAAUAUGAGGGUAUUUCUAUGGCUGUUAAUAUCAAUUACAUGUCUAUCAGGAAUUCACGGUGAUGUCCAGCUUGUCCAGUCAGACCCAGUGCUGGUAAAACCUGGAGCCUCUCACACUCUGUCCUGUACAGCCUCAGGAUUCACAUUCAGUGAUUACUGGAUGAACUGGGUUAGACAGGCACCGAAAGGAGGGUUACAGUGGGUCUCUACUAUUAGCUCAGAUGGGGGCAGCAAAUACUAUGAAGAUUCAGUUACAGGACGAUUCACAAUCUCCAGAGACAACAAUAAGAACACAGUAUAUUUACAAAUGACGAGUCUGAAAACUGAGGACACUGCUGUGUAUUACUGUGCAAGAGACACAGUGAAAAACUAUGCUUUCGAGUACUGGGGACCAGGGACCCUGGUGACUGUCACUUCAGCUUCAGAAAAAACCCCAUCCCUAUUUCCACUCAUAUCUUUUGACCAAUCUCAAGAUCCUGUCAUCGUUGGUUGUUUGGCAAAAGAUUUCUUGCCAGAAUCUAUUACCUUCAGCUGGUCAGACAAAUCCAACAAUAGCAUCACCUCCGGUUUCAAGAACUACAAGCCAGUAGCGAACCCAGCGUCAGGAGAUGAAUAUUAUUUCACUGCAAGUUCCCAAUACAGCUUGAAACGUGAUGAAUGGGACACCCAGAAACCGUUUUACUGCACAGCAACACAUAAAACCGGUUCCAAAACACUGUCGUUAAAUGGGGCCAUAGAAAUUCAGAAAAAGUCUCCGGUAGUGUCCAUUCACCCUCCACUUAAAGACAGCCCCGAUCAUAAUGGAAGCCUAAGCAUUGUGUGUCUUAUAACUGGUUUCAGCCCUGGAAAGAUUGAAGUACAAUGGCUGAAGAAUGGCAAAGACAUCAAAGAUUACAUGGCAGAGAACCCAGUCUCAGAUGGUGAUGGUAGUUUUAUGGUGGCCUCAUAUAUUUUUGUACCCAGAAGGGACUGGGACAGUGACAACGAAUACUCAUGUGCAGUGACACAUCCAAGCACUGCAUUUAAUGAAAUGAAGAAUAUCAGCAAAUCCCAAGUGUAUGACGUCCAGCCUACUACUCCUAUUAACGUGAAGACUAUUGCUCCAACAUUUGAGGCUUUAUUUGUAACUAAAAAGGCCACACUCUCCUGUGUUGUUUCCAAUAUGUCUUCUACUAAAGAUUUAAGCAUCUCAUGGCACAGUUCAGGGAACCCAGAGAAGAAGCUGGAUACAGUAAUAGAGGAUGAAAUUUAUGAAAAUGGUGCCUACUCUGUCACCGCAACAGCUGAUGUCUGUGCUGAAGAAUGGGAGACCGGUACUUUUGUGUGCAAGGUCAAGCAUCCUGAUCUAGCUUCCCUAAAGGAGGUUCGAUUGUCUAAAGAGACAGAAUACCCUACGAUUCCCCCUGCUGUGUAUCUUUUCCCACCACAUCAGGAAGAAUUAAACCUGAAGGAAAAAGCCACUUUAACCUGUUUUGCAACAGGUUUUUCUCCCAGAGAUGUGUUCAUCAAGUGGCUUCAGAAUGAUAAGCCAUUGGACAAAUCAAUGUAUGUAACUACUAAUCCCGUGGAGCAGACCAGUGCCAAUGGAAAAAAAACCUAUUUCAUUUACAGCAAACUGAAUGUAAAUGUUAGUGACUGGAACAGUGGAACCCCUUACUCAUGCAUGGUUGGCCAUGAAGCAUUACCACUAGAGCUUAUGCAAAGAAGUAUCGACAGGUUAUCUGUUUGCAUGUUGUACAGAGAUGAGGAUGAAGAAAUUGACAGCCUCUGGACUACAACCUCUACUUUUAUUGUGCUCUUCCUCCUGACUUUGUUCUACAGCGCCACGGUUACCUUGUUCAAGGAUAUUAUGGAAGAGUCUGAAAGUGUACUGUAUUCCUUGCUUCCGUCCUGCACUCAAGAUAAUGAAAAUAAACAAGAUGUUGUCGUUGGCUGCCUUCUGAAAAAUAGCGUUACCAUGAAACUGAAUCUAAAACUGGCUGGAAAUCAGAAAGAAGAAUUCAAAAAGAAGAGUUACAAAGCAAUGAGUGGAAAAUAUCUUCUUCAAACUGCUCUUUGGAUCAUACCUUCAACAGAGUGGGAGAGUAAGAGUUACACCUGUGAAGCAAAUUCCAAUACGUUUCACCUUCAAACGGAGCUUAAAAAACAAUGUACAAGCAAUGCACCGUUGAACCCCAAUAUUGAGAUUUUCCUCUCCUCCUGUGAUGACAGUCCCAAAGUAACAAAAGUGUCUCUAGUUUGCCUGGUUUCUAACUUUCGACCAGGUGUGGCUUCACUGGUCUGGCUUAAACAUGGGAAAACUAUCAGUAAUACUGGAUUCAACCCAGUAAAGGAUACAAAUGGAACAUUCUCAGGAAGGAGCAUAUUCAGUGUCAGCAGAGAAAGCUGGAAUAAGGAGGAGGAAUACACAUGUCAGGUCAUCCACCAAGAGAAAUCUUUCGAACAGAGCAUUAGCAAAUGUACAGCGUGCCAAAGCAUCUCCAUGUAUCCAGUUGUGAAAGUAGUGAGGCCUUCUCUUCAAGACUUACUUAAUGGCAAUGGCAAAAUCAUUUGCUCUGUUUUGGGUGUCUAUGUUGAUGCAAAAGAAAUAUUUCUGAAAAUCAAUAGGAAUAAAAAUGACAAGAAGGGCAACAUUGACACAAAUGCAAGAAAUACUGUCAGCUUUGAUGUUAAUCACAAAGAGUGGCAGUCCAUAACUACCGUGGCUUGCGUUGUUAAACAGCCAUGUUCUACCGAGUAUAUUGAGAGUGAAAUAACAGUGGGAGAAAUGAAACCUCCACAAAUACAUAUAUUGCAUCCAUUUCAAGAAGGUUCAAAUGCAGAAAACUUGACGUUGCUUUGUUUAGUAAAAGGAUUUUAUCCACAAGAUAUUUUUGUCAUUUGGGAGGUUUAUACCAACACAUCAACCCAAAAGUACAGCCCUGUGUCUGAUGAAAUUACCUGUGAUCAUGAAAAGAAGCAAUGUUCAACAACAAGUCAACUACCCAUCCUCAAGACUGAUUGGAUUGGUGGGACUAUUUAUUCAUGUCUAGUAGCCCACAUAUCCUCAGAGCACUACAGAAAGAACGUCAGUAUCCCUGUGGAAAAGCAUGAACAAUCCUCUUUUACACCCGAAAUUUACAUAAUCAAGCCAUCUUUCAGAGAUCUGUUUAUUCACAAAAAUGGAAAUGUUUCAUGCAGAACAAAUAAUGCAAGUGCCACAAUACAAUGGAUUGCAGAUGGAAAGCAAUUGACCCAAGAAGCUAUUGUAGAGCUGACUACGCAUAACUCAAUAACCUGGCUUAAGAGCACCAUAAGCAUUAGCCUAGACGAAUGGAAUAAAACUUCAAACCUUACCUGCCAUAUAGGAACAUUCCAAGGUGUAGUGAAUCAGUCAAGCAUCAUAUGGACACACACCUCAGAUGAAAUGAAACCUCCAACAGUGCUUAUACUGUCACUUACACCAAAGCACAUACAGACUGAAACUGUCACUUUAACAUGUGUGGCGACAGGCUUUUACCCAAAGGAUCUGUUUGUGGAAUGGGAAGCCACAGGUCUCUCAAUUGAGCAAAAUGUUUCUGACCCAGGAGAAAUCACAUGUGACCACAAGCUCAAGCAGUGCUCCUUUGUCAGCCACCUUUCCAUACCUGAAAACACAUGGCUCAAAGGAAUAACAUGCAUGUGCAAGGUAGCCCAUAUCUCAUCAAAAGAGUAUAUAAUAAGGAAUUACAGCAUCUACAAUGAUCAAUGCCCUGUUUAUGUAACCCCUGUCUACCAUGAUGAUGAAGGAGAGGACAUUAUUGAUGCAGAAGAAAACAGCGUGUGGACCACAACAUCCACUUUCAUUGGUCUAUUUUUGCUUACCCUGGUAUAUAGUAGUUUUGUCACUUUUGUUAAGGUAAAAUAAAGAGCAAAAGAGAGGACAAUUCAUAUUGAUCCCUAUAAAGAAUUCCUGUUUAUCCGCUCCUUUCCUCAUAUCUUACCAAACAUUCUUUUGUGGCAAAAGGGAAUUAAUAAACCAUGGCAAUUACAGAAGACACAGUUCUGGUGGCUGUGACAAGACAAACUCACCUCUAACUAUGCAAAAAAAAACAGAAGUUUGAUGAUAAUAAUCACAGUAGCUUGUGAUUACUGUCAAUAAUUAAUACUCUACUUUGCAUUAGUGUAAAUUGAAAACAUUUAGUUGUUGAAGCCAGAUUCAAUGCCCCAUAGGACAGCACUGGAGGAGUCGUUGACAGUAUUUCACUAAGACCAGCUGCCAAAGGAAACUAUGCCAAGUUUUGCAUUAUUAAUGCUUAACCUCCCUUCAGUGUCUGUUUUUUUUGUGAAAGCUUGUAUGUUUCCAUAGCAGCCUGAUUUUUAUAUUGCUUGUUAAACAUGAUUUCAAAAAUAUAUCAAUUCCCCCCAAGUAGCAAAAGCUCAGACAGGAAAGUUAAAAUUAUUU